AUUCCCUGAGAGAGGAAAUGAAAGUGAAAGUGAUCAUUCCUGAAUACAAAACUUAGUUACUUAGCCACUGAAAGGUUGUGUGUUUGCUCCGUCCAACAUAGAGACUUUAACCAUCAACAAGUACAAUGGCAGCUUUGCAGAAUGAGCUUACAGAAAAAAAGCCUUCACAGAACACAGAACAGAAGAAAACGUCCUGGAUGCCUUCUUCUAAACUAUUUGUAUGUUUGGGAUGUUUGCUUAUGGUAUUUCUUGGGAUUCAGAUACAACAGAACAAGCCUUCAAGUGAAGAAGUUCAAGAAUCCAGUGACGAGCUUCGAAUCCUGAUGAUUGGAAAGACAGGUGUGGGCAAAAGUGCAACAGGAAACACCAUCCUUGGAAGAAAGGCUUUUAAAUCUGAUAUGUCUUCUUCAUCUGUAACCACAUGGUGUGAGAAAGAAAAUGGACAUGUCCAUGGCAGAAAAGUGUCUGUUAUUGACUCUCCAGGGCUGUUUGACACUCAGUUAUCUGUAGAUGAGGUGGUCGGUCGGAUUAAGCUGUGCAUUCCCUUCUCUGCUCCAGGACCUCAUGUCUUUUUAGUUGUGAUUCAAAUAAGUAGAUUUACAGAGGAAGAAGAAAAAACAGUUCAGCUAUUUCAAGCCAUUUUUGGAGAAAAGUCCUCCAGGUACACUAUGGCUCUCUUCACUCAUGGAGAUCAACUAAAGGGGAAAAAUAUUCAUCAGUUUGUUCGGAACAAUACAAAGCUUUUGAAUUUUAUCAAGAAAUGCAAUGGAGGAUACCAUGUGUUUAAUAAUGAAGACCAGAAUCCAGAACAAGUCAUCCAGCUUCUACACCAGAUAGAUAAGAUGGUCACUGUAAAUGGUGGAGACCAUUACACUACAGAGAUGCUUCAGGAAGCAGAGAGAGCGAUAGAAGCAGAGAAAGAGCGGAUCCUCAAAGAAAAUGAAGCACAGAGAGAGAAGGAGAUAGAAGAGCUGCGCAAAAAGUUUGAAGGAGAAGACUUUGAAAGAGAAAAAAAAGAGAAAAUUAAGCAACAUGAAGAGGAAGCAAGAGAAAAGGCUGAAAGAGGUUACUACUAUUAUUUUGAAAAGAUUAUUCAGCUGUUAUUUGAAAUUAUACUACGAUAUUUUGGAAUGACAGCAGGCAAUGUUUCAAAUUUCAACUUGAAAAUGCAGUUAUAAAUAAUUACUCACUAUGUUUUUAAUUUUAAAUUAGUAAUGUCUGAGCAGAAUAAUGUCAUCACCAAAUUGGUUAUUUGUUAUGUUUUAACAAAUUAGUAAUGUUUAUUUUGUAACAUUCAUAAAAGUCGCAUUUUGUCAGAGGAAUAAUAAUAAUCAGAGGAAUGUAGUAAUGAACAUUUAACAUGGAAAUAUGCUAUGACUUUUUCUUUGGUUUUAUUGGCACUUUUCACCAUUCUGUUCAUAUACUAUUGACUUUACUUUACUUGAGCUAUUAACUUCAUUAUUUCUUUUUCAUAUUCUGCACAUCACAAACAUACAUUAAGCGUAUUGAAAGCAAUCAGCCCAAAGAGGGUUUGUGUUCUAGAAUUUUUUUUUAUUUUAAAAAUUAUUAAUAAUAUUUGCAAGAACAAUUAUUCCACCCUGCAAUGUGGUAAAGUCAACCUCAGAAUCCUGGCAUUUCUCUAAUAAGAUAUAAUGUUAGAAGUUUAAGUUAACAAUACUCUCUGGUGUAUAAGCACCAUAACAGACAGAACAAUUAAGAUUUUAAUAUAUAUUGCAUUAAAACUAGUCCUAUAAUACAUAAUUCAAUGAGUAUGAAACAGUGAGUAUAUUUAGGAUUUUUAAAAAUUCAGGAAUUUAAAUCUUACCACCUCACAGUAAUCUCACCCCUACAGUAAAUCUACAUCUCCCUUCAGUAUUGAACAGAUUUAAAACAACCUAGAACCUGUCUCAUUCAGGAGUGUUAUUAUGCCCAUUACUGCCCAUUUAAUCUUGAUGGUUUCUGAAGGUGGAAGUAAAAUCUCUAUGGGAUUCAUUUUUGCAUUCCCCACUUGCCUCCGAUUGAUAUGUUUUGCUGACUUUUCCUGACUUUUUGUUUCUUCAAUGAUGGAGUUGUAUUAUGUCUUUAAUGUUACUUAAAUUUACAAUUUAAAGUAUUUUUUUGUGCAAUUAUCAUAAUUGUACUUUUGCCUUUAUUUCUGUUAUUUUGUAACUUCACACCACUUUUUGUGACAUGAUAUCUUGCCCUUAAUCCAUUUCUCCAUGACUUGAAUACAUAAAUUUGUGUACCUAAAUAUUA